UGCACCUUGUCACAUGAAAAUACAAAAACAUCAAUCCCUUUGAGGUGAUCUCAUAACAACACAAUUCUUCCUCAAUUUCACAUGGAAUAAUUCCAAAGGACCACCACCACCACAAACUCCCUCUCAUCGCCGCCAUCGCCGCCACAACCACCAGUACACCACCACCAAAAAGAUGGUGAAACCAACCCGAAUCAUGUAACCUUAUCUUGAGGAACUCAACUCAUGCCUCAUAAGUCAUAACAUUGUGUAACGUGUUCUUACAACACGUCUAGACUAGAGUCUCUCGAACUCUUAGAUCUAAAGAUGGAAAUAAAGCAACCAACUUUCCCAACAGUAUACAACACUUUGCAUGCUACAGCAUCAAACAAUCAAAAGAUGAAAGAUCGAUAUAAAGAAUCGAGGAAAAAGAAAGAAGAAAAGAGAGAUCAAGAAGAAGAACCUAUGAAUUUGAGGAGCUUGUCAAAGAUUAUGAUCCCUCCACUGGGUGUUUCAUAUAUACAAAAUCAUAUUCCCUCAAGAUCCAGCAUUAUCAUAUCACCUAUGGACUCCAAAUAUAGGUAUUGGCAGACAUUAAUGGUGGUAAUGGUAAUAUAUUCGGCUUGGACAUACCCAUUUGAAGUUGCGUUCCUGAAAUCUUCUGCACAAACUCAUAAACAACUCUACAUUGCUGACUCCAUCGUCGAUUUUUUCUUCGCCGUCGACAUUGUUUUGACUUUCAUUGUUGCUUACGUUGACCCCGUCACACAUCUCCUUGUUCGUGACCCUAAAAGCAUCGCCACCAGGUACCUAUCGACAUGGUUUGUGAUGGAUUUGGCAUCGACGCUGCCGUUCGAGUUGCUAUCGUACUUAUUCACCGGAAAACACCGCAUGGGUCUCCCGUACGUCGUCUUGGGUUUGCUCCGGUUUUGGCGUCUCCGCCGCGUGAAGCAGUUUUUUACCAGGCUUGAAAAGGACAUACGAUUCAACUACUUCUGGGUCAGAUGUGCCAGGCUUCUCUGUGUGACUCUGUUCUUGGUACAUUGUGCUGGUUGCAUCUACUACUUGCUAGCAGUGUUAUACCCACAUGAAGGAAGAACAUGGAUCGGGUCAAUGAACCCGAAUUUCAGGGAAGCGGAUCUUUACAUCCUAUACGUCUCCGCCAUAUAUUGGUCUAUAACCACCAUGACCACCGUCGGCUACGGUGAUCUCCACGCAGAGAACGCAGCAGAGAUGGUGUUUAUCAUCUUCUACAUGCUCUUCAAUCUUGGCCUCACCGCCUACAUUAUCGGCAACAUGACUAAUUUAGUAGUGGAAGGCACUCGUCGCACCAUGGAAUUCAGAAACAGCAUCGAAGCAGCAUCAAGUUUCGUCGGUCGGAAUCGUUUGCCGAAGAGACUUAAAGAACAGAUACUCGCGUACAUGUGCUUGAGAUUUAAAGCCGAAAGCUUGAAUCAACAACAAUUAAUCGAGCAGCUUCCGAAAACCAUAUGCACAAGCAUUAGACAGCAUCUAUUUCUACCAACGGUUGAAAAAGUCUAUCUGUUCGAGGGUGUCUCCCGAGAAAUUCUCUUGCUUCUGGUUGCGGAUAUGAAGGCAGAAUACAUACCACCGAGAGAAGAUGUAAUAAUACAAAACGAGGCACCUGAUGACGUGUACAUAAUCGUAUCUGGUGAAGUGGAAAUUAUAGAGUGUGAUCCAAUGGAGAAAGAACAAGUUUUGGGUGUUUUACGUUCGGGUGACAUGUUUGGUGAAGUCGGCGCACUUUGCUGCAGGCCACAGUCUUACACUUACCGAACCAAAACCCUGAGCCAACUCUUGCGCCUCAAAACCACCGCUCUCAUUGAAGCAAUGCAGACCAAACAACCCGACAACGUCUCCAUCCUCAAAAACUUUCUUCAGCAUCACAAGAAGCUUAAAGAUCUGGAUUUGGAUGACUUAUUGUUGGAAAGUGGUGAAGAAGAUGGAGAUGGAGAUCCAAACAUGUCGAUGAACUUGCUUACUAUUGCAGGCACAGGAAAUGCAGCUUUUCUUGAUGAACUUCUCAAGGCAAGGCUUGAUCCCGAUAUCAGCGACUCAAAAGGAAGAACCCCUUUGCACAUCGCAGCAUCUAAAGGGCAUGAAGAAUGUGUUUUGGUUCUUCUGAAGCAUGCAUGUAACAUACACCUCAGAGAUAUGGAAGGUAACACUGCACUAUGGGAUGCCAUAGCAACAAAGCACCAUUCAAUAUUCCGAAUCCUAUACCAUUGGGCUUCGAUUUCAGACCCAUGUACAGCUGGCGAGCUUCUGUGCAUGGCAUCAAAGAGAAACAAUCUAAACGUGAUGAAAGGCCUGUUGAAACACGGGCUUCUUGUAGACUCAAAGGACCACCAUGGAUCAACAGCUAUCCAAAUUGCAGUAUCUGAAAACAACAUUGAAAUGGUAAAGCUACUCGUGAUGAAUGGUGCUGAUGUGAAUGAUCACUCUCUCAAGAACAAGAUUCCACCAGAAAAUUUGAAGGAUUUCGUGGCAAAAAGAGAGGUUGGGUACCGAAUCAUGAUGCCGGAUCAGGAGCCGGUGGUGGAAACCCGGAGAGGGGAGGAGGGUAUUUUGGGAAGAUCACAUUCAAAUGGACAAUUUGUUGGUAGGGUUAGUAUUUACAGAGGGCUUCCGAUGGUGAGGAAGAAGAAUUGUUGUACAGAGGCUGGGAAACUUAUUAAGGUGCCAAGUUCGUUAAUGGAGCUCAAGAUUAUUGCAGGUGAAAAGUUUGGAUUUGAUGCUACAAAUGCAGUCGUUACAGAUGAAGAUGGAGCAGAGAUUGAUUCAGUUGAAGGAAAGCUACGUACAGGAGGGAAAGCUUCUUGGAAGUGGCGGGAAACUUGUUGCUUAAUCACACGAAAAAAAAGGAAGCUUUAA